GCGUACGCUUCGGGGCUUCGCUCUUGGGCUGCUUUUCCCUGCGUCACAUGAUAGCGUCCUUCGUCAGGCCCUCGUGGGAGAAUUCUUCUAUUAGCAGGAGGCAAACACAGAGGCGUUUAGGCCGGACCCGACUUGGAGGGCGGCCGAGGGGGCGGUCCCCCCCCCAAGCCCGCCGAGGUGGUGCGCUCCAGGCGGGGCGGUGCCGUCCGGUGGCUCCUAGCGGGGCCGGUCCUGCGAGCGGCCGCGCGGGGAUCCGGGAUGAUGCUGCGUUCGGCCGCGCUCUGCCGCGCCCUGCUGGCCCGCCGGGGGAGGGCGGCCGGGCUGUGUUGGAAGCACGUCUCCUCCCUCCAUGUGGCCAACGAGCCCGUCUUGUCGUUCACACGGGGCAGUCCCGAGCGAGAUGCACUGCAGAAGGCCCUGAAGGAGCUGAAGGACCAGACGGAGGCCAUCCCGUGUGUGGUGGGGGACGAGGAGGUGUGGACCUCGGACGUGCGGUACCAGGUGUCGCCCUUUAACCAUGGACACAAGGUGGCCAAGUUCUGCUACGCAGACAAGGCGCUGCUCCACAGAGCCAUCGAGGCCUCCUUGGCCGCCAGGAAGGAGUGGGACCUGAAGCCUGUGGCCGACCGGGCGCAAGUCUUCCUGAAGGCAGCCGACCUGCUGAGCGGGCCACGCAGGGCCGAGGUCCUGGCCAAGACCAUGGUGGGGCAGGGGAAGACGGUGAUCCAGGCGGAGAUCGACGCCGCGGCUGAACUCAUCGACUUCUUCCGCUUCAACGCCAAGUUUGCGGUGGAGCUGGAAGGCGAGCAGCCCCUCAGCGUGCCGCCCAGCACCAACAGCGUGCUGUACCGGGGGCUGGAGGGCUUCGUGGCGGCCAUCUCCCCCUUCAACUUCACGGCGAUCGGCGGCAACCUGGCAGGGGCUCCCGCCUUGAUGGGCAACGUGGUCCUGUGGAAGCCCAGCGACACCGCCAUGCUGGCCAGCUACGCCGUCUACCGCGUCCUCAGGGAGGCCGGGCUGCCCCCCAACAUCAUCCAGUUUGUGCCAGCCGACGGGCCCACCUUCGGGGACACCGUCACCAGCUCAGAGCACCUGUGCGGCAUCAACUUCACAGGCAGCGUGCCCACCUUCAAACACCUGUGGAAGCAGGUGGCUCAGAACCUGGACCGGUUCCGAACCUUCCCACGCCUGGCCGGAGAGUGCGGGGGCAAGAACUUCCACUUCGUGCACCGCUCGGCCGACGUGGACAGCGUGGUGAGCGGGACCCUGCGCUCGGCCUUCGAGUACGGCGGCCAGAAGUGCUCGGCCUGCUCCCGCCUCUACGUACCCCGCUCGCUGUGGCCGCAGAUCAAAGGGCGGCUGCUGGAGGAGCUCCGCGGGAUCAAAGUGGGCAACCCUGCAGAGGAUUUUGGGACCUUCUUCUCUGCCGUGAUUGAUGCCAAGUCCUUCGGCCGCAUCCGCAAGUGGCUAGAGCACGCCCGCUCCUCGCCCAGCCUCACCAUCCUGGCCGGGGGCCAGUGUGACGACUCUGUGGGCUACUUUGUGGAGCCCUGUAUCAUCGAGAGCAAGGACCCCCAGGACCCCAUCAUGAAGGAGGAGAUCUUCGGCCCUGUGCUGGCCACGUACGUCUACCCAGACGAGGAGUACAAGGAGACGCUGCAGCUCGUGGACCGCACCAGCAGCUACGGCCUCACGGGGGCAGUGUUCGCCCAGGACAGGGACGUUCUCCGGGAGGCCACAGAGCUGCUGAGGAACGCUGCUGGCAACUUCUACAUCAACGACAAGUCCACCGGCUCAGUGGUGGGCCAGCAGCCCUUCGGGGGGGCCCGAGUCUCGGGAACCAACGACAAGCCAGGCGGCCCCCACUAUGUCCUGCGGUGGACGUCGCCCCAGGUCAUCAAGGAGACGCGCGGGCCUCUGGGGGACUGGCGCUACCCGUACAUGCAGUGAGCCCCGGUUGGCGCCUCCGCUGUCCACCUGUCCGUCUGUCCGUCCAGAAGACUGACCUCAGUGCACUGACCACGCCCCACGCUUCCACCCCGCUCCCCAGGGGGCGACCCUCUUUGUAGGCCUGAGUCCUGCCCCCUGCCCCACACCGGCCUGCCUCCUGGCCUGUCCCCCGCCUUAGAGUCAGGUGUGGGCUCUGGGUUGUGAGAUCACGCUGUCGGGAGGAAUGGGGCUGCCAGCUGUGCCCCCAGAGUGUCCUAGACUUUCCCCGGUGGGUGUGACCUCAGCGCCCAACUGCUUCUCCACCGGUCCCCUUCUUGCUCCUCUCCGCUGUGUCCCGGGUCUCAGGGGCCUGGGGAGGGGCAGUGGAGUAGCUCGUGGGUCUGCGGGAGGAGGGGGCAGCUCUGGGCACCCUGGCACGCCGCACCCACCGGGGUGCCUGGCUCCUCCGGGUCUCCAGGGUUAGGGGGGACCAGGGUGGCCUGCGGGGCUGCCACGUUGUGGUCACAGGUCAUGGGGACACCAGCUGGCUUUGCCCUGCUUGAUUCGUGCUGCUCACUCGCUCUUUGCCCAGACCCACCUGUGCCGCAGGUACCUGCGCCCAAUCAGAUGCCUUAGACCCUGUGUGCCUUGCUCCCAAGUGCCUGGGCUCACCAGAGGCCCUCGGGUUCCUGGCGGUCUCCAGGCGGUGGGACUGGGGGGCUCUUGCAGUCCACCUGCCAGGGUGCCGGUCGUUCCUGCCGGUCCUGUGAGGUUGGCAGACCUUGGGGGCCCUUCCUGCCACUUCAUCAGCUCUUGGGUCCUGCCUCGAGAGCCUCCGCUGGCCUGGGGCUUCCUGCAGGAGCUCAAUGCCCACUGGCCCGGGUAGAUGUUGCCCCUGCCUUCCCCAGCACCCCAAGACCUCGCCUUGGGUCCCCGUCCGGCCUGGCUGAGGCUCACUUACAGAAUCGUCCCUCCUUGGCAUGUUCGUGGCUCUGUGUGGACUGGCCCAUCAGAGGCCUGUUCCUUCAUGCAGCUAAUCGGGGGGCACUCAGAUGCAUCCUGGGUGGUCAGGGAAUUGUAAGUGGCGACUCUGGGGGCAGGUUUUAGGGGCCCUCCUCAGGCGCGGCUGGUGUGGGGCCCCCGUGGGGCUGGAGUGGCCGCUCCCCGAGUGCACGGUCACACACCGUGCCCGCGGUCAGGGGUGUUUCUCACAGGGGGGCCAGGACGGGCAGCAGGCAGGCCGGAGGUAUUCCUGGUUCUACUAGCUCUGCGCUGGGAAGUGGCGGUGGGAUUUGCCCUGACGCCGCCCAAUAAAAUGCCUCUUCCUGAA